CGGGUCCCUGGCGCUCACGGACACGCAGGCUGCGGGAGCCAAGGCUCGGAGGAGCCAGGGGGCCGAGGCUGAGCCGGCGCGGGCUGCGCCCCGAGGCUGGGGCUGGUGGGGGGGCUGGAGGACGGGCUCAGGGGGAGGGCGGGCGAGCCUGAGGGAGCGGCGGGAGCAGCGGCGGAGUCCGGGUCCUCAGCUGAGCAGCGCAGCCAGAGUUUAUCCACGUGAGUGAACCUCACCCCUACAUUUCUUGGGGGCAUCCAGAAGAGCCCCCUCAGUGGUCAAGAACCAGAGUUAAGAAAAGACCUGGAAGUCACAGCAUGGGGGUCAGAGUUCCCCAGUCAACCUCAUAGUGGGAAGAGCAGCCAGCUUAAUGUCCCCAUCAACUCCAGCCCACCCCCAACAUGGAGACUGAGGACUCCCUGUGCUGAUGCUCUGUGUCCCCCUACACUCCUCCAACCUGACCUUCGCUGGGUUGGCCGUGCCAUGCUGAGCAGCAGGGCAGGCCCAGGGGUGGCCUGCCUCACUGAGCAGUGCUUGUGGGCAUCAUGGGACGGUGUGUGAGUGGGGCUCCUGGGUGAGACCUUGCCCCCACCCCCAGGAGUCCCCAGGGGGGUGGGGGACUGAGGAGAGAAUGGCUCGGGGUGGGGUAGGGGCUGAGGAAGCCUCCCUGCGCUCUAACGCCCUGUCCUGGCUGGCCUGUGGCCUCCUGGCCCUGUUGGCCAACGCCUGGAUCAUCCUCAGCAUCUCAGCCAAGCAGCAGAAGCACCGGCCGCUCGAGCUGCUCCUCUGCUUCCUGGCGGGCACACACAUCCUCAUGGCGGCUGUGCCCCUUACCACCUUUGCUGUGGUGCAACUGCGGCGCCAGGCCUCUUCUGACUACGACUGGAACGAGAGCAUCUGUAAGGUCUUUGUGUCCACCUACUACACGCUGGCCCUGGCCACCUGCUUUACUGUGGCCUCGCUGUCCUACCACCGCAUGUGGAUGGUGCGCUGGCCCGUCAACUACCGCCUCAGUAAUGCCAAGAAGCAGGCGCUACAUGCCGUCAUGGGCAUCUGGAUGGUGAGCUUCAUCCUCUCCACACUGCCCUCCAUCGGCUGGCACAACAAUGGCGAGCGCUACUAUGCCCGUGGCUGCCAGUUCAUCGUCUCCAAGAUCGGCCUCGGCUUUGGUGUCUGCUUCAGCCUCUUGCUGCUUGGGGGCAUCGUCAUGGGGCUGGUCUGUGUGGCCAUCACCUUCUACCAGACGCUGUGGGCCCGGCCCCGAAGGGCUCGCCAGGCUCGGAGAGCAGGGGCUGGGGCUGGAGUAAAGGGAGGGGUGCUGGGGGGGUUGGGGGCCCGGCCAGCCUUUGAUGUGCCUGCCAUUGUGGUGGAGGAUGCCCGCGGGAAGCGGCGGUCCUCGCUGGAUGGCUCAGAGUCAGCCAAGACGUCUCUGCAGGUCACCAAUCUGGUCAGCGCCAUCGUCUUUCUCUAUGACUCGCUCACUGGGGUGCCCAUCUUGGUAGUAAGCUUCUUCUCCCUCAAGUCGGACUCUGCGCCCCCUUGGAUGGUGCUGGCCGUGCUGUGGUGCUCCAUGGCGCAGACGCUCCUGUUGCCCUCCUUCAUCUGGUCCUGUGAGCGCUACCGUGCAGACGUGCGCACCGUGUGGGAGCAGUGCGUGGCCAUCAUGUCGGAGGAGGACGGCGACGAUGACGCAGGCUGCGAUGACUACACAGACAACCGAGUGUGCAAAGUCCGAUUUGACGCUAAUGGUGCGACCAGCCCUGGGGGCAGGGACCCCACCCAAGUCAAGCUGCUGCCAGGGAGGCACAUGCUCUUUCCCCCUCUUGAGAAGGUCCACUACUUACAGGUCCCUCUGUCCCGCCGUCUCUCUCAUGAUGAUACCAACAUUUUCACUACACCCCGCGGGCCAGGAUCCUUUCUGCACAAGUGGUCAUCCUCUGAUGACAUCCGGGUCCUCCCUGCCCAGAGCCGGGCUCUGGGAGGCCCCCCUGAGUACCUGGGCCGAAGACAGAGGCUGGAAGAUGAGGAGGAUGAAGAGGAGGCUGAAGGUGGGGGGCUGGCCAGCCUUCGCCAGUUUCUAGAAGGUGGGGUCCUGGGGUCAGGUGGGGGCCCCCCACGGGGACCUUGCUUUUUCCGGGAGGAGAUCACUACCUUCAUUGACGAGACACCUCUGCCUUCUCCCGCUGCCUCGCCAGGGCCCUCUCCUCGCCGCCUCAGGCCGCUGAGCCUCUCACCCCGCCGGCUCUCCCUGGGGUCCCCAGAUAGCAGAGCCAUUGGACUUCCUUUGGGGCUGAGUGCAGGGAGGCGCUGCUCCCUCACAGGGGGCGAGGCCAGCACCAGAGCUUGGGGAAGACCCUGGGGUGCAAGCAACCCCAUCUUCUCCCAGCUGACGUUGUGAAUCCAGCUAGGCCUGCUGGAACUCAGAGGAGGGGGGCCCAGUAAGUGCCCCCUGCUUCUGCCCUGAAAUGAGGCCAGCUGCCUCUGGACUCUGGGAGGUGGACACUGAAUCUGGGGCCCUGGCACCAGACCUCCCUUUCAAGUGACAGAUGCCCUGCUCUCUUCCCACCAUUCCUAGCGAGAUGUAUUAAAGUCUAAAGUGUUACCACUGAAAA